UAUGUAGAUCUAGACACUAGAGUCUAUAUAGGUCUGUAAUCUAGACACACAACAUAUUGAUAGAUUUAGAUAAUAUAAGAUAUCUCUAGAUCUAUAGACUAUAGAGUUAAAUGAGUAUUAUUCUGUUCUUGAAAAAGGAACAAUGGGUUGCAUCUGUGGCAAAGAGUCUCUUAAUAUAGAAAACCGAAAAUUUAAUAUCAAACAAAGACUUGGGGAAGGAGGCUUCAGCUAUGUUGAUCUUGUUGAAGAUGCCCAGACUCAUAAAUCCUAUGCUCUGAAAAGAAUAUUGUGUCACUCAAAGGAAGAAGAGCAUAUUGCAUUACAGGAAGUGCAUAUAAUGAGAGAACUUGACCAUCCUAAUAUAAUUCCUUUGGAAUGUUAUUCCAUUCACAAAGUUGGAAUUCAGACAAAAGCAGUUGAUAUUACUUUUGAAGUUUUUGUUGUGAUUCCUUAUUAUAGGAAAGGGACCUUGCAGAAUCGUAUUGACACCAUGAAACUUAAAGGAGAACACUUUAAUGAAGAUAUGAUCUGGAAACUAAUGCUAGGUAUAUGUCAAGGAAUAAAAGCAAUACAUGACCACAAACCUCCAUAUGCUCAUAGAGAUAUUAAACCAGACAAUGUGAUGACAGAAGAGGAUGGAACUCCAGUUGUUAUGGACCUUGGUUCUGCUGCCCCUGCUCAGUUAGAAAUUAAGACUGCUCGUGAAGCAUCCUCAUUACAAGAUCUUGCAGCAGAAAGAUGUUCCAUGUUAUACAGAGCCCCUGAAUUAUUUACUGUUGAAACCAAUACUUCAAUUGAUGAACGGACAGAUAUCUGGUCUUUGGGAUGUGUUCUUUAUGCGUUGGCUUACUUGGAAUCACCCUUUGAAGCUGCUUACCAGAGAGGUGACAGCUUAGCUUUGGCAACAAUGGCUGGGAAAAUUAAUUUCCCUGAAAAUUCAAGUUACUCGUCAAACAUUCCAGAAAUAAUUUCAUGGAUGCUGAAACCAAAAGCAUGUGAAAGACCUUUCAUUGAUCAAGUUAUAGAGAGAAUUAAAGGUGUGCAGCAUAUGGAUGAAAAUCGUGUUUAAUAUGACCCAAUACUUUACAAAGUGGCAUCACAUAGACUACUGUUUUAAAACAAUGAAGUGCAUUGAGUUCUUCAGUAAAUGACAGGUUUCAAUGAAAGUUUUUUCGUCUCUGCUCAUGGCAAAUCAGAAAAUGAAUUUUAAAUUAAUGCAUAGAGAAAAUACUUUUUUUUAAAUGUUUUUUUGCAAUUGUUAUUUUUUUUUAACCUUGUUUAUUAUAUUACCAGAUGACCUGUUUUAUAGGUCUAACUUAUUGGAUUACUUUACAAAAUUGUCUUUAAUUUAUACAAAAGUUUCCUUGCACAAAAACAGAGCAUAUUUUUAGACAGACAUUUUACUACUAUCCUGAAAGAGCAAACAUUUUUAAAUUUUCAUAUAUUGUACAUGUACAUCAAAAUGUACACUAUAAAAUUUAUCUUGGUAAAUUAAAGAGUCAUUUAUUAGCUUUCCUAUUAUUAUUUUUAAAAAUUUCACUUGUUAAAAAAAAUUCAUUCUCCAGAUAAGUCUAAAAAUAUGCCCUGGUAAAAUAAAAUGGCUGCAUUACAAGUAUUAUUUGUAAUCUCAAUCUGUUGUGAGAUAAAAGGAGAUGUACGCUUGAACUAUAUUGUAUAUUUUGCCAAUGUCAAUGCCUUACAAUGUUAAUUCCUUUCAGUGUACACAUAAUUUUGAUAUGUACAAUUCCUCAUCAUUGGGACCACAUACACAUGCUAUAAGUUUGCUGUAUUGGUUUUGAAUUUAUAAAAUUCUGUGAAUAUUUCUUUAGUAAUUUCUUUAUUCCUAUUUAGUCCAUUGCAGCAAGUUUGCUUCAUUUUUGCAUCUUGUAACGAAAUGAUCUGAUAAAAAAAAUUUCUAUAGUGACAUAUAUAGUCAGAUCUACUUUAAUGGACCACCAGUUGAUUUGAAUGAAUAAUUAAAAAAUGAAACAAAUCCAUUUAAAUGUUUACUUUUAGCAUAUUCCAGUUAAACAGCUUUGGCGUCGCCAGUAGCCAAUAUAAAUUUAUAAAUCUUUAUGCAAAAUGAUUAUGGUUAAUUGUUGUUAAAACAAUUGUAGAAAUUUUCUGGCUGAUAGUUAUGAAAAAUAAGCAGAGUCUAUUCAGAACUGUUUUUCAUUGUGGUUUUGAACCUUUUGUCUCAGCUAUGUAUAUGGACAUGUUCACUCACAAGUUUUUGUGCAAUGAUGAAAAUCAAAGACUAUGAUGCUCCAUUGAUUAUUCACAUUGUAACUACCUUGCUGCUCUGAAAAAUUAAAUGUUUGUGUUAAAUUGAACCCCAAUGAAAAGAACAUUUCAAAUCACAUGUACAAAGAUCCUUCACAGGUAAUAAUUAAUAAGAAUGUCUAUAUUCACAGUGACAUUUCACUACCCCAGUAGUAAAUAUUGGAUGUCCAGUCUUUUAACAUACCUUACAUUUUUACCUAAGCAGACCAGUCAGUUAUUAUUAAAAAAAAAAAAAAAAAAAAAAA